UUCCCCCCCCCCCCCCCCACGGACCCUGCAUUCACUAUAUCUGCUCUCCCCGGACCCUGCAUUCACUAUAUCUGCUCUCCCCGGACCCUGCAUUCACUAUAUCUGCUCUCCCCGGACCCUGCAUUCACUAUAUCUGGUCUCCCCAGACCCUGCAUUCACUAUAUCUGGUCUCCCCGGACCCUGCAUUCACUAUAUCUGGUCUCCCCGGACCCUGCAUUCACUAUAUCCCCUCUCCCAGGACUCCGCAUUCACUAUAUCCGCUCUCCCUGGACCCUGCAUUCACUAUAUCCGCUCUCCCUAGACCCUGCAUUCACUAUAUCUGGUCUCCCUGGACCCUGCAUUCACUAUAUCUGCUCUCCCCGGACCCUGCAUUCACUAUAUCUGGUCUCCCCGGACCCUGCAUUCACUAUAUCUGGUCUCCCCAGACCCUGCAUUCACUAUAUCUGCUCUCCCCGGACCCUGCAUUCACUAUAUCCGGUCUCCCCUGGACCCUGCAUUCACUAUAUCCGGUCUCCCCUGGACCCUGCAUUCACUAUAUCCGCUCUCCCCAGACCCUGCAUUCACUAUAUCCGCUCUCCCCGGACCCCACAUUCACUAUAUCUGGUCUCCCAGGACUCCGCAUUCACUAUAUCCGCUCUCCCAGGACCCUGCAUUCACUAUAUCCGGUCUCCCCGGACCCUGCAUUCACUAUAUCUUGUCUCCCACAACCCUGCAUUCACUAUAUCUGGUCUCCCCGGACCCUGCAUUCACUAUAUCUGGUCUCCCCGGACCCUGCAUUCACUAUAUCUGGUCUCCCCGGACCCUGCAUUCACUAUAUCUGGUCUCCCCAUACCCUGCAUUCACUAUAUCCGGUCUCCCCGGACCCUGCAUUCACUAUAUCCGGUCUCCCCGGACCCUGCAUUCACUAUA